AGGGCAAGGAGCAGAAAGCAGAGCAGCUGUUGGUGCCAACGUGGCAUGGGAAAGCAGAGCAGACAGCGCAGUGGCCCCGAGGGCCGACCCUGCGGGAACGGCCCCGAGAAGCCUGGUCCUGAGUGUGCGGCGCGUGGGGGACGCACCGUUUCGUGCGGAGUAAUGGGCCGACCCGUCUUGUCUUUCAGCACCAUGCCCUGGCCGUGGCUUUUCUUCCUCCUCCUCCUCUCCCUCCUGGCUGGGAAGAGCCUGGGAGAUGCUGAGUACGACACCCCCAAGGAUUUCCAGGCUGUCUACAUGGGCGCGAAGAACGACGUCCAUGAGGUCCCCGCCGUCGCCAAGCCCGGCAUUUCUGAAAUGAUCUUCCUGCGCACCAGCAUCACGGCCGUGAGGGAAGGGGCUUUCAGGAACAUGCCCGACCUGCUCAAAAUCUUGUUCGUCAACACAAAGGUGCAGACCGUGGAGGUGGGAGCCUUUGAUAAGCUGGGGAAGCUGCAGGAGCUGGAGAUCUCUGGGGCCACGCUGGGGGACGUGCCCGCGGGGGUCUUCAGGCAGCUGGCGAGCCUGUGGAGUCUGGACCUGCGGGACAGCCGGGUGCAGCAGAUCCCCAAGGGGCUGUUUGACGACUUGGGGAGCCUGGGCGAUCUCUUCUUGCACAACAAUGAAAUCUCUUCUCUCCCGCCGGGCAUCUUCGACGCUCUGGCCAAGCUCACCUUGCUGCACCUGGCGAGAAACAAGCUCCAGGCACUGCCCCCGGACGCCUUUGCCAAGCUCCCUCGGCUCCGGGUUCUCCGGCUCUUCGAGAACGGGCUGCAGGAGCUGCCGGACGGGAUGCUGGACAACCAGGCAGAGCUCAAGGAGCUCAGUCUGAGCAAGAACAAGAUCAAGGUGCUGCCCUCCAGGCUCCUGGAGAAGCUGUCGCUGCUGGAGAAGCUCUUCCUGGAUGGGAACCAGCUCGAGAGUCUUCCCAGCGAGGCUUUCUCUGGUCUGGGCAACCUGCGGCAGCUGAGGCUGGGGUCUAACCAGCUCGGUGUGCUCCCGGAGCGCUUGUUUGGGGCCAUGCCGCAGCUCCGAGAGCUGGACCUGGGCAGCAACAAGUUGAGGUCUCUGCCCCACGGGAUCUUUGCCAACCUCCCUUCUCUCACCAAACUCGUCUUGUCCCACAACCAGCUGGAGGCCCUGCCGCAGGCCACGUUUGCCGGGCUGGCUGCACUCACGGAGCUCAGCCUGGAUGCCAACAAGCUCUCCUCCCUGGACCACGGGGACCUGGCCUCCCUGCCCCAGCUGCGCACGCUCAGCAUGCGCAAGAACCAGCUGCAGAGCGUUCCCGCGGGGCUCCUGCAGGCCCUGGGGCAGCUGCGUGCCGUGUACCUGAGCGGGAACCCAUGGCGCUGUGACUGUCACCUGCGUGGCCUGCACAGCUGGAUGCAAGCCAACAAGGACAAGGUGAAGGAGGUGUCGCAAGUGCGGUGUGAAAGCCCCGACACGCUGCAAGGGGAAGUCAUCGACUUGCUGGGAGAAGACCAGCUCGUCUGCUUGAGCACGGUGCCCGGAUCCACGGCCCCGACCACGUUGUCUUCAUCUACCUCUGUCCCCGUGUCUCUGGCACCAUCCACAGCUGCAACCACCACGAUGCACUCCACCACCAUGCUGGAGCCCCCCACCACGGCAGCACCCACCACCGCGGAGCCCCCCACCACAUUGCCACCAACCACAGCAGCACCCACCACAGCAGAGCCCCCCACCACGUUGGCACCCACCACAGAGCCCCCCACCACAUUGCCACCAAUCACAGCAGCACCCACCACUGUGGAGCCCCCCACCACAUUGCCACCAACCACAGCAGCACCCACCACAGCGGAGCCCCCCACCACGUUGGCACCCACCACAAUGGAACCCUCCACCAUGCCAGAAACCCCUGUCACAACAGCACCAACCACGGCAGAGCCCACCACCGUGGCAGCACCCACCACACCAGAGCCGACUACCACAGCAGCACCAGCUAUGCCAGCAUCCACCUCACCAGAGCCCAGUUCCCCAGCAGCACCCACCACCUUGCAAACACCGACCAUGGCACCUGCCACCACAUUGGCAGUGAGCACAGCAUUGCCCAACACCAUGUGGGAGGCCACCACCCUGGAGGACACCUGUGUCUCUGGUAGCACAUGUGUUCCAGUGACACUCGUGCCCACCACGGCAUGCGUCGCGCUGAGCACCACGACUGAAGGCACUCCGGAGCGGUCCACAGUGCCCCCCAGCUCCGAACUGUCCCUGCCCACGCCCACUGCCAAAGUGUACGCCUCGUCUGCGACUUCACCGCUGGCAACCACCAGCCGCCUGCCUGCGGCCAACAGCACGGUCUGGGGGCCUUCUGCCUUCACUACCCCUGUGCCAACCUCGGCCCCGCGCCGCCCUGCCGCCACGCCGCCACUCCCGUCGCGACUGCAUGCCUGGGGCGUCGCUCUGAGUUCCAGGUACAGGUACUGCCAGGUGUCCUUGGUCCUGUACCUCGCGAUGCUGGUCAUCGAAACAUGCUGCACCGUCUGCCUGGUGACGUUUGUGCACCUGCUCUACCAAGCCACGCACCCGAAAGAGCCGCCCCCGGCGCCUGUGAAGCUGGUGAAUGUGCAGCCCAGGCGAGCAACGCCGUAG